CAGAGAAGUACGUAAUACUUUUUGUUGUAUUCGGAUAAGAACUUCAUGAGGAAAGACUACAUGGACACGGUCGAACCCGGGACUGGACUCACCCCACGGGAGAAAAAUGCAAUCAGAGACACUUGGGCUGUGGUAAUGCAAGAAAAGGCAAAAAAUGGGUUCCUCUUUUUUAAAAAGUUCUUCGAAAUGUUUCCGGAAAUGCAAGGAUAUUUUCCCUUCAAAGAUGUGGAAUUGGACGACCUUGAGGAACAUGCAUUUUUCAAAAUACAUGCUGGUAAAGUUUUUAAUAAGAUCAACGACAUGGUGGAGAAUUUGUACAAUGUUUCGGAGCUCGUUGGGAUCAUAAAAGGUGUUGGUUCGGACCACGCGCCCAGGGGCAUUACUGCAGGGGCAUUUGAGAAUCUCAGAGAAGCCUUUCUUGCCUUUCUCUUUGAGAGGAUGAGUGCGACCAUU